AGCCGCCGAAUAGGGAGAAAAAAGAAAGCAAAACCAAGAGAGCGGAAAAUUCAAAACAAAUACAGCGCACUCUCUACGCAAGUACUCAACCAGCGGUUGUCGCGUUUCGUUCGCGUCUUUCCAACCCUGUCACCCCAACGGGCAUUCAUACGCAGAUCGCAUAGCAACGCUACUGGACGCACCACAGUCGGUUGUCGUGACGCGAGGCGCGCAUUUUGCAAAAUUCCAGGAAUACUUGCCCAUCGCCCACCCCUAACAGCAAGUGGAGUCGAGUUUUGUGACCUCCGGGACCUGUGGGUGAAACAGUGAAAAUAUGAGCAAUCGUCCUUUUACGGCAAAAUUUCCGAAAAAUCCCGAAAAUGGUGAUGAAGUGUACAUACGCGGGAAAUUGCUCGACGAUGCAAAAAGUUUUUCCGUGAAUUUCUGCCUUCCACGACCACCCCAAGUGAUGCAGCACCAGACGCCCUCGUACAUUGCUUACCAUUUUAAAACGAUUUACGACGGAAACGACGAGAGCCGCGUGGUGCAGAACUGGAAGAACGUGCACUGGCAGCAGGAACAAGUUUACGCUAACCAUUGGCACAUGGAUCGAAGCAAAACGUUUCGCAUGAUAUUCCGACUGCACGAAGACUCUAUCAAGAUGUUCCUCAACAGUGUGGACCAUCCGCCGGAAUACGAAUUUAUGGUACAGCUACCGCUCGAUCAGAUAGAAUCGAUCGAACUGUGGGACGAUGUGGAGGCCGUUGAAGAGAUUUCAUUCCGGUACGAUAACAAAAACGGUACGUCAUGAACGUUUGAAGGGGCACUCUGGAACAUUUGCAUUUGACCCUGAAUAAUCUUUACAGCGUACUAACUGUGCCUGCUUGCGCCCUUCUCACACGAAACAUGAAAGCACACCUGUUCAUCGAUCGUGACAGAAAACAUCGAUCAUCUUCCCAACACGCAUACUGCCGAUUACACAUUCUCUGGGCAGCUGUUUCAUCCGGCACGAAUAUAAUCUAUCGUCUAGUCAUCGAUAUAAUUACCAUUACACAGUAUUGCGGCCUUACCACAACGGCAAACAAACUAUGCGCUAUGUUUCCCAGAACGAAUGUAACAGAGGAAGUGCCUUAACAUUUUCAAAACAACCUGCGCCUCAGAGUGGCAUACAGGAAGCAUUCUAUCUGCUGUUAUCUGCUGACUGCAGCACCGCACACAACUUUGAAAUCGGAAUCAAUCGUUGGUGCUAGUUACCAAUAAGUUUAAGUAAGACGAGAAGUGGAACCGUACGAUGUAAUGUUUGUAUUUUAUCAGCUGCUAUCAGCUGCAGUUGGUUUAAGCACGCUUGUGCACGUUCACCUUUAUCACAUGGAGAGAUAAAUGAACUUUGUAAUGAAUGCCAUUUAACGACAAAUAAAAGUUAAUGUUUUUCUGCCUUUAACUCUUUACCGUUCGAAUAA